AUGCGAUUGGAUCUCAUUUUACCGGAAGAGCAGCUGAAGCGACAGCAUUUGCGUAAAGAGGAACGAGGGAGAGAUCCGAAGAGACUAACAAGAAACAGUGCGGAAGUGAAACGUAAUAAAGUGAGUGCGAGAGGCAAUUUUAAAAAAGGUGAUCGUGUUUUUGUGCGCGAUUAUGGACGUGCUAAACCGAGUUGGGUACCUGCAGAAAUUGUAGAACAAAACGGACCUCGAAACUAUAAGACAUUAACUAACGAAAACUUUAUCUGGAGAAGACAUUCGGAUCAAAUAAUCAAAGGACCUUCUUACGAUGAUGACGAUUUAUUAGAUUAUUAUUCACGUCCUUUGACUGUUGAUUCAAAUGCAACUAUUGUUAAUAAUGUUGACGAUGAUGUAGUAGAGGAAUCUGCAGUUGGAAAGGCUAGUUCUCCGGAACCAAUUAGGGAAGCUGAAACAAUUGCAGAUGAUUUUGUAGUAACUAACUCUAGAAGUAUGUUGCGCCCAACCAGAAACAGAAAACCUCCUGACUGGUUCGCAAUAAAAUAA